CAGAAAAAGGAAGCUCUGGCGCCGCCAUUUCACGUGCAAGGAGUUGAGAGAACCGUGUGUGAGGUAGGCUUGGAAAUCGGCAAAACAACAUCGAAUUUGACCAAAAAUAACGAUUUUAAUUGGAAAACAAGUCCCGUACUGUCUGUUUUCGAUUUUUAAUCGUCUGGCUGUUUCAUUUUGAGGAGCGAAAAAUGAGCUACGGAAGGCCCCCGCCCGAUGUCGAGGGUAUGACCUCGCUCAAAGUGGACAAUCUCACCUACCGAACUUCUCCUGAGACACUACGACGAGUUUUCGAGAAGUACGGCCGGGUGGGAGACGUGUACAUCCCCCGCGAUCGGUACACCAAGGAGAGCCGCGGGUUCGCUUUCGUGCGGUUCCACGAUAACCGCGACGCUGAAGACGCAAUGGACGCGAUGGACGGGGCCUUGCUUGACGGGCGGGAACUACGAGUCCAGAUGGCGCGCUAUGGCCGUCCACCAGACUCUCACUUCGGACGCCGAGGCGGCGGUGGACCUCCAAGGAGGCACGGAGGCUAUGGUCGCAGGAGCAGGAGUCGUUCGGCCAGCCCCCGUCGGCGCAGACGCAGUCGUUCCCGGAGCAGGAGCCGCUCCCGUGGCCGUGACUACAGCCGCUCCCGGUCUCGUUCCUACUCUAGAUCCCGUUCCAAGUCCCGCACCCCCCGCAAGAGCAAGUCCCCAUCUCGAUCGAGGUCCCGUGGUGCUUCCAGGUCCCACUCCCGCAGCCCGGCUUCCAACAGAGGCUCCAAAUCCAGGUCGAGGUCCAAGAGCAUGCCCAAGUCCCCCGAGGACAACGGAACCGACUCUUAGUAACAACAGCUCCAACCCGGAGCCAUUAAAAUGCUGCGGUCCUCUUGUCAAACAGAGAGGUGGGGGUGUGGCAGAGAUGGCAGUGUGAGAGCAGUUAGUGUGGUGUGACGCGACCCGCCCAUGUGACCUGCCUGUUGCUGAGUUGGUGGGUGUGAUGGCGGUUGCUAUGGAGCAGGUCGUCAAUGGCGACGCAUGGUCCGUGCUGUCAGUUGGUGAGGUGUGAGGUGGUGGUGAGGUACGGCACUUUCACAGGACCACAGACAGAAUUCUGCUGGCUGUACCGCUGUGUCUGUGGUCUCACUGGUGAAGGAGGGAGGACCCCAAGGUUUGUUGUCCAAUAAAUGCCUGAGUAAAAAAUAAGCAAACAAUUGUGAUAUUGAGAGGUAGCUUUGGGUUGGGGGCCCUUGGAGUGUGAAGACGACUGACGCUGUUAGGAACUUAUUUCCUACCCACAAGGGAAAGGGUCAGUUCUUUACCAGUAACAUGGACAAUUGACAUGUUAAAUCGCCAUUUAAAAACAAACCGACAAGUCCUCGAUGGAAUGGUCGAUCUGUACAUUUGACUUUAGAUUGACACAACUAGACAAUCAACUGUUCUCAAACUAGCAGCGUAUCAUUUGACCGCCACCAACACAGCUUGUCUUUUCUUUCCAGGUGAGAUACGAUGGAGACUUCUUCUCUGCGGACGCCAGCCAGAUCAUAAGUCUGCCAGUGGACACCUCUCUACGCCCCACAGAAUACUGACCAAAAGGUUAUUGUGACUUGGUCUAAAAUGAUUUAUUUGGUUUCAGUUGCCCAGAAAGACUCUACUAUAUAUUUACCAAGGCGAUGUAACUCCCAUGACUAGAGUAGAGGACAUGUUUAAAGGUUUUGUGAGGUGAAUACUGGAUUUUGUCUUAUUGUUAGUGCUGGUUUGUUGCAUUUUGAUUUGAUAUUGUUAAUAAAACAUUUUAUGGUGAAGUAGCUACAGCUUUUCUCUGUAUUUAGUAGUCUUUUAUUCUCUACAGACAGAUUCUGGUUUGAGUUAACUGUGUUUUUUUUCUUUUGCAGAGUUGAUUUUAGCAAAGGGAGAGUGACUAGCCCCUAAAUAGUUUCCAUUAUUUUCUAAGCAAAACCAGUAACAUGUAGAGGGAAGUGAAAAGGAACAAUAAUAAGCCAAUAUUGUAUCAAAUGUCACGUGUUAUGUAAUUGGUUAACCUGCCUAGCAAUGGCUUUUUUUUUUUGCCUAACGUAUGUAUACUAGAUCAUUUUUUCUUGCCGUUUAUCUGUUAUAAGUUUGCUUUCCUGUGAAUUCUAACCCUCCUCUCUUGUUAUCUUUUGUGCAUUAGGCGCAGUUGUGUAGCAGUUGAGUAUUGCUGGUUAGCUGUUAAGGUGCGAUGCAGUGCUGAUGGUGAGGUGGCAGUGCAGUGGCUGGCGGGGGUGUUGCGGUACCCUGUGAGUGCCCGGUGCAGUUGUCGCCCGGCGCUCGUCUUGGUGCUACUGCUGCCGUUUGCCUUGUUCUGGUUUGUAAGAGUCAAUCACAGCUGUGGUGGUAGAUCUGAUCACGCCAUCUCUCCCCCUGUGUUGUUCUCAUAUGGUCUCUUCCCAUUCCUGAUGUACAAAUACACUCCUCUUUCCCAUUCUCUAUCCCAACCCUAGCCUGGUGGAACCAGCCUGAUCGCUGCGUUUUAACGUUUGUUCGAUCAAGCUUGUUCCACCAGGCUAUCCCAAACCCCCCUCCUACUGUGUUUUAGUCCCUCUGUUGUGAGCUGGUUGUACAUUGUUGAUGGAAGAGUCUUAUGGCUCGAUAGGGGAGGGUUUGAUGAAGGGCAUUCCACUAGCUUAACAAAUGAAUCUGUGGGUUUUUUGUACCCUCGCAAGAUGUCUUGUAACUGCUUUAGGUGAAUGCUAAUAAACAUUUGUGGUUAUUUGAUUCA